AUGACGGCGAGCAUCGGCGUUCCGAUGGGCUCGGCGCCUACCUCUACGAUGGUCGCUUCGCUCAGAGUGUGGGCGCGAACAAGAAGCAAGAGUAUGCAGGCAUCAGUGUCCUCACAGCCAAGACCGACACCGCCAACAAGGCAUCGUCGGCGGCUGACCGCCUGCAUCUGCCUCACCUUAGCGCACGUGACUACGUGGACAUCCAGGACGUCGAUCCCAAGGCAAAGGCCCCCGAAAAGCAUCGAGCCUUUCGAAGGCAAGAUCGAGGACGACGCCCGGCGCUGGCUUCGCAGGUCCGAGGCCGUGCUCGAGAGCUACUGCAUCUCAAAGAAGCGCUGGCCCGUUAUCCUGGGCACGUCCUUCGAAAAAGGAGCCUCGUCCUGGUAUGACAACCUGGUCGUGGAGAGCAGCGGCCCUCUCGAUUGGAUCAAGUUCAAGAGCGAGUUCCUCGAGUACCCCUGCCUGACAGAGAAUUGGUUCGAAGUCCGUCGAAAGAUGGACGAGCUCGAGUUCACCGACAUGGACUCGUACCUGAGCAGCUUCCUUGCCCUCAAGGCACAGGCUGGGCGCGCGCAGUUUCACGAAACUGAGUUCAUGUACCAGUUCCAAAGGGAGCUGCCUCGUGAAGCUCAGUAUGAGGUUAUGAAAGACUCGCCCAAGACCUUCCAGGAACUCAUUCGCAGAGCCAGAACCUGGGAGCUGCACAACAGGUGGUACUUCACCGACACUCCCGUUUUCCUCAGUCGCAACAUUGACCGGGUCGCGGACGGCAACAGCACCUGCGACAAGAAGAAUCGUGCCGCCAAGUCACCUUCGGCCCGGAAGAAGGCAGGCAAGAAGGCCAAGCCUCGUACUUGA